AGUGUUGGUGAUAUUUUAUUUAGGCACAGCCAGGAGUGCCUAAAAUAUCCGAAUCCGUAACAAAAAAUUUCCUUGGAAUACGAUUUUUUUGUAGUUGACGUACGAUCAUGCCUUUUUUUCAUCUGGCAGCCCUGCGACCUGGUUUUGACGAUGUUACUGAUCCAACAUGCAUGGAGAUGCUCAUGAUAUAUUUGGAGCAGCUGGAACAAGACGAUGAAAAUUUCAUGGAGUUAUUAUUAGAGAAAGUUGGCGAAAUUCCUAUAACAUGGUAUCAACCCUGGUAUCAAGAACCAAUCUGUCUCACUCGCCCUUUAAAUCACAAUCAAGAAUCUAAAUCUGAAAAGUUUCGAACUGAUAGUUUUACUAAGAUGGAAAAGGAACAUAUAGAAAAAAAAUGGAAAAGUCUUAGAAAGAAAUUUAAUCUGCCAGAUACACCAAUUUGCUUGGCUCGCUGGCGUAAUAGAAAUAAAUGUCGAAACCCAGUAACUCCAGAGGAGCAAGUCAGGCAUUUUGUUAUUGCAUAUCUAGCUAGAGGGCUGGAGAGAAACUUGUACCAAGUAUAUCAGUUCUAUUUAUCACACUAUGGAGCUCCAGUGAGAGGACCAUUCUCUGAAAAUGAAGAAAAGAUCAUUGAAGUAGUUUUCCAACACAAACCUAGUAAAGCAGUGUGUUACUUAUCAAGAAUACUGGGCCGGGAACCAAGAGGAAUCCACAGAAGAUUACAAAUUCUUAAUAAAGGUGUUAAAGAAAAUAAAGACAGGACAUCAAAGUGGAAUUUAUCGCUAGCAACACAGUUGGUAAAAUCACUAAUGUGCCAUUCUGAAAAAUCCCUAGAAGAUUUAAAAUAUGAAAGAUUUGAUAAGUCAAUAUGGCUUAAAGUUCAGGAUGAUCUGGGGAGAACCUAUACAUCUUUACAAAGAUUUUGGUACACUUUCCUUCAUGUUCAGUUGUUUGUGAAAUAUGACAUAAAGCUGAAACAAGUGAGAAAAGUAGUGUUAAAAAAAAUAAGAUCGCCAUCUAUUCAAGUGUGGACAGAUAUUCGAUGGAAGGAAUUGCUAAAACACUUUCCAGAUGGCUUUACUCAUAUGUUUGUAUAUCAUGCAACACAAAAGCUAGUGUCAAGUUACAAAAACUAUAAAACAGCCCCUAUUGAAGAAGUCAUCCAGUAUGGUUUGAAUGAAUUAAAAACAAAAGUAUCAAAGAGUAAAAGACUUAAAACAUUAACUAUGAAUAAAGAAGGAAUGCUGGAAGUUAUAGAAUAUGAUAAUGACAUGCAUAAAGAAUAAAAAGUCACUUCAACUUUGACUAUUACAAAAAAUAGUUUACAGUGUGGUGUCACACAAUGAGAGACUUUCCAGGCUACUUUAUUCCCUAAAAACAAAAAACAAUAUAGAUGGCGUUGUACAAAUUUAACGUAAUAAUUACCCAUUUUCUCAUAGCCUGGGUAAAUAAUUAUUCAAAAAUAUAAUGUAAUGGCAGAAACAUGUAUAAAAAUAAUUGUUGCUUGAUAUUUGCAAUAUGUUAUCUAAAGAAUUAUGUUGCUACCUAUAUUGCUUCUCUUUAUUUUGAUCAGAAUAAUAAUGGAUGGAAGAUGUGUUGUGCCUGGGUGUAAUAAUAAGGGUCAUCUCAUCAUUUAUACCCAAAAACAAAGAUAAAAAGAUUCAUAAGUCUGUUACUGUUAUCAAUGAAAUUAGAAGGUUAAACGAAGGCAACUCUGUAUAGCGCUAUCUAUAUAUGUCUUCGGUAAUGUUGCCUGGAAACUCCAUCAUUAACGUUAAGUUACGUAUAAGUUAGUGUAACGUUAAUUAGGAUAACAUUUUAUAUAGCGCAUCUCUAUUGUUCAUUAUUUUGCGGUUGGCGGCUUGCACGUACUCUGUGCGUGCGGUGAUUGCUUCACACGCGCCGCUAACAUGGCGGAGCAAAACGUCGUGUGUCCCUUAUCUUGGCACUACCACCACAACGAAUCAGGAUACUGCCUACAUAGAAAAAAUUACGAAUAUUUGUCGCCAAAUAUCAGUAUUUGUCGGUCUGCCGUUAAAAAUUUACGAGCAUUUUUUGGUGGCAGUGCCAGGAUAAGCCAUUCCCCAGCAUCACCUUUUUUGUUACUAACGAAAUGAAGGACAUAACCAGGCUACAUUCUCCAAAAGCAAUAUAGAUGGCGUUGUACAGAGUGAUAAUUAGCUAUUUCUCAUUGCAUGGGUACAUAAUUAUUCAAAAAUGUAAUGGCAGUGGUAUUUUAAAUAAAAAUUAAAUUAAGAUCAAAAUAAUAAAUAUCAAUUUGAAUCAGAUAGGGUAUAGAGUUAUGUUGCUACCUAUAUGGUCGUAAGGCCCAAAUGCCUUUUAAAAUCCAAAUCCCAUUGUUUAACUAUUGUGUCUGGAAAUCCGGGCGUUACGAGGAUAUUGCUCUAUAUUUUGAUCAGAAUAAUAAUGGGUGGAAGAUGUAUUGCGCCUGGGUGUAAUAACGAGGUUCAUCCAUCAUUUAUACCCAAAAACAAAGAUAAAAGAUGCAUAUGUGUCUGUUGUCCAUGAAAUUAGAAGGUUAAAUGAAGGCAACUCUGUACAGCGCCAUCUAUGUUAUUGUUUGAGAACGUAGCCUGGAAAGUCUCAUUUGGCGUCAAAUAAUAGGUAUUUAGCUAUGAAAUUGCCGUUCUGCAAUACUGGCCAUUUCAAAUCAAAAUAUUUUUGUUUGGCUAAGAAUUCUAACUUGUAAUUAUUUUUAUUUUAAAAACAUGGAAUUCUUUUUCCAAAAAUAGUCAUUUGUUUAUUGAUUAGUGUUACAUUUUCCUCGCAUUUCAAUAUUUUUCGUCAUCAUGGAUACGUUAAGUUUGAGUAAUUAUGGAAUACAAGUAUGAGUACCGUCGUGGCAGCAACGCGUCACAAGCGACACGCAACAUUAACGACGUUUAAAUUGGAAAUGGAAAACUGGAAAUUUCUACUUGAAAAAUGAACCUCGCCAUCGUCGAAGACUUUGGUCGACAGUGACGAAUUAAAGGCGAUUGUGGAAGCUGAAGAUACACGAUCUAUGGCUGAAUUAGCAGUAGCUUUCGACUUUAGCGUCAAAACAACAUUGGUCUAUUUGCGUCAAAUGGGCAAGGUAAAAAAGCUUUACAAUUGGGUGCACCGCGAACACAAUGAUUGCCAGCACCAUGGUAUACGCAGACCAGGUAUGCUCAAAACUGACAGCUAGGAUCUUUAAGGUUAGCCCAGCUGACGUCGUCCGACCCUGCGUUGCCAUUUCGUAAAAAAUUUACCACCUAAACAAUGCCCGAAACGAAAACUUACCCCUAGAAAAGUGAUGGUCACUGUUUGGGGGUCUAGCUCCGGUGUGAUUCAUCACAGCUUCUUACCAAACGGGGUGAGCGUUUCUGCAGAUGUGUACUGUGAAGAACUGAACACAAUGAUGGAGAAGCUGGCACAUCUCCAACCAGCAUUGGUCAAUCGCUCAAUCUCAUACUGCACAGCAAACGGUCUCCAAGUUGCAAGAACUAGGGGAGGCUCUCCGUCAUCCGCCCUAUUCACCAGAUCUUGUGCCUACAACUACAACUUAUUCCAGAAUUUGAAUAACUUCUUAGCGGGAAAAAAAUUCAAUACCCGAAAGGCAGUACAAAAAGCCUUUGAAGAAUUUGUUGACUCCUGUCCAGCUGAUUUCUUUAAGAAGGGCAUCAAUAAACUGCCACUGCGUUGCUAAAGUUGCAUUGAUUGCAUGGGUGAUUUGAUUACUUCGAUUAAAUACAAAUAAAAAAAUCAUGAAAAAAAAUCUUUUACAAAACGGCAAUUUCAUAGGUAAAGACCUAAUAUCAAUCUGAUCAAUAAAUGAAAAGAUAUUCGACUUUUAUUUUUAUUUGCAAUACUCCAGGAUCCAAUGAAUGAAUGAAUGAAAUAUUUAUCCAUAAUGAGGGACUUUCCAGGCUACGUUACCCAAAAAUAAUAUAGAUGACGCUGUCGAAAUAAACGUGAUAAUUGUCUGUUAUCCAUGAAAUUACAAGGAAGAAAACAAAGGAAAAGUCUUUACAGCGCAGUAAAUGUUAACAUUGUAUAAAUUCUAGGUACCUACCUUCUUACCAUUUUAUAUUUUUCAAAUUAUUUUAAGCAAAGCCUUAUGGGCUUAUUAUAUGGGUAUUCUAAUAUUGUUUGUUCAAAAUGGGCAAACUAUUGCUGCCUAUUAUGUUUUAUUUAAGAUCUUUCAGGAUUAUUGUACUGUUUGCGAUACAAUAAAAAAUAUUAUGAUUGUAAAUAACUCCGAA